UCGCGCGCCAGACGCCCGCGAUAACGGACGCGUCGGCAAUCUAAUCUAUAAAUUAAUAAAAUAAUAUAAUAUACAUGAAUAUAUAAAAUAUAUGUAAAGACAUAAUGUUGGUUUUAAGUGUAUUGACGUUCCUUUGUUUGGUGAUAAACUCUUUUGAGAAAUCGACACCACAGGACACUCACUAUGUGGGAGCCGUGGUUGAGUACCACAGACUCACCAACAAUGUUCAGAACAACACCGCUAGAUACGUCAGUUUAAUCCAGGAAGCUGCAAGUCAGAAUGCUGACAUCGUGGUGUUCCCAGAGCUAACGCUCACGAACGCGCAUUAUACGUUCGAGGUUCCCAUCAACGGGCUGGUGAAGGAACAGCCUGUACCAGCUCUCUACCCUUCAGGAUAUGAUGAGGUAAUCACAGCGAUAUCACAAGCGGCUUUAGACAAUCAGAUCUACGUGGUGAUCAACGGCCGCGAGAGUAUGGACUGCACACUUGAAGACACCAGGGCUGUGGAGUACUGUCCUGAGGAGAAGGCCUAUGUCUUCAACACCAACGUAGUCUUCGACAGGAAUGGAGCUAUUAUUGACAGAUACCGCAAAAUCAACUUAUUCGGGGAAGUGGCUCAUACGCCCGCGUUGAAGCCAGACCUGGGCAAGUUCACGACAGACUUCGGUGUGACCUUCGGACACUUCGUCUGCUUCGACCUGAUGUUCCAGGUGCCCGCUGUACAGGUUGUCCAGAAGGAGAACAUUAAGAAUAUUGUUUACCCUACCAUGUGGUUCUCCGAGAUGCCUUAUUUUACCGCUGUUCAAAUUCAAGAAGCGUACGCCUACAGUCUGGACGUCAACUUCUUGGGAGCAGGAGCCAACAACGUACGGGUUGGCAGCGCUGGUUCUGGAAUAUACUCUGGAAAAGCUGGUGCCCUUAUUAGCACAAUGCCGGGAGUAUCGGACACUCGUCUUCUUGUUGCCAGAGUACCUAAAGUGCCCGGACAAAUUACCGAACCAUUCCCAGGUCCGGUCUACGACAAUCCCAAGUCUCAUGACGGCUUGAAGCUGAACAUUGAUACCACCCUGACCUCCCACAACAGUAGAUUGCUGGUACCUGGGUCCCAGGAGUUCACGCUAGAAAACGGCGACGUGUCCUGCACAUUCAGGGUCAGACUUAGUAGCACGCCUGGCGAAGAGGCUGUCAAAUACCGUGCGUUCGUCCAGGACAACACGAACACGUACGCACGCCGUGAGAUCGGCCUUGUCGCCUGCCUCCUCACAGCCUGUGAGACCGACAACGUCACAACUUGCCCACACAGGUACAGCAAAGACAACGAAAAUCCUAUUCAAGAACUUGAAAUAGAUAUGAAAACUUACCGGAACGAAUACAACACUAGUUUACACUGCAACAAUAUCCAGUACUUCGGGUUGUCGUUCGGAAAUAACCAUUUUCCAUUGAGCCCAAAGAACUACACGUUCACUAUGUCAGCCAAAGACAAAUGUGAAUCGGCGAGCUCCAAUCAGAAUAGCAUUUCCGCCUUCCAGAAGGAAAUAAUCAGUAAGAAUAAGAGGGAGAAGAUUAACUAUAAGCUAGAAACGCCGCAAAGUGAUUUGGUAGCUUUUGGUGUUUUGGGCAGACUCUACGUGAGGGAUGUGGACCAUAAUUUGGAAGCGACUGCAGAAGACCUUCAACAGUACUAUACUCUUUUGGAUGAGAUUUAUGGAUUGUCAGAUUACUAGGCUGCUAAUAUAUUAUUAUGUGUUGUAAGGCUAAAAACUGUUUACUACAAAAAUAUAGGUUUGAAAGAAUACAGACAAGUGACGUCACAUAGCCCGCUCUUCCCGUUUCAGCAUCUUUAAUGCAUGUAUCUUCGUAAUUCACUAUUGAUGUAAUAAUGUAUGUAAAUCCAAUACUUUAUUGAGAGCGUUGUUAUUUUAGUGUCAUUCUUAUACAUUUGCGCAAUUUCAAUAUCUAGAGCCCAGUGCGAUUUGUUUUCCAAAUUGAAAAAGCGAGAGUAAAUACGUUAAUUGUGCCAUUUUAAUUUUAAAUUACAUAAUAAAUAAGAUUUAAAUUUUUGGUUAGGUUUCAACUGUGGGUUUCGAAAACCAAUUUCAAGAUACCUACAACAAAAAAGUGUAAAAUUGAAAAUCAAAAUCAAUGUCUUUUAGGUCAAUUCUAUUAGGUACAUUGAUAUUAUCUUGAAGAUUUUAAGACUGAAAAAGACACAUAUAACUCAGUACUAGUUCAUCAAUAUUUAAUGAGAACAAUCUCUGUAUCGUUUGUAUUUAAACAAACAAUUAAUUAUGAACAAAUAUACCUAUAUGUAGUUUUAUGACGGAAACAAAAAAAAUAUCAAAUUUCCGUGUCCAGAUAAAAGAAAUUAAUCAUGAGUUAAACUGUAAUACUUUUAAAAGUAUGACUUGAAAUGUAUAUUGUGGAUCCCAAAAGUUACGAAAAGUGGAAUUCAAUUGAUGUAAAAAUACUUUUAUCGAAUUUGUCACUGCUGUCGAUCUUCUAUUUGUUGUUGAUCUAUUUUGAAUAAAAAAAUAACUGUAA